AUGUCGGAAUACUGGAAAUCAACCCCCAAAUACUGGUGCAAACACUGCUCCGUAUUCGUCCGCGACACCCCUCUCGAGAAAAGAAACCACGAGUCGACCGCCAAGCAUCAAGGUGCCAUCAAGCGUUCCCUGCGCGAUCUACACAGGUCUGCGGACCAGCAAGAGCGAGAAAAGGAACGGGCGAAAAGGGAGGUCGAGCGGUUGAAUGGCGUUGUCUCUGGCACACCGAGUACCAGUGGUGGCGCUGGACAAAGAGGAGGACACAAAUCUGGUGGUGCUGGAGGUGGAGGAGGAGGAGGAAGCAAUGGUCCGACAGGAGCUAACGCUGCUGCUGUUGGUCUAAGUGAAGCGGAAAGACAGAGGCAGCUGGAGCAGUUGGCUGAGCUGGGCGUGAACAUCCCAACGGAGCUGAGGGGGAGUAUGGCGUUGGCGGGGGAGUGGGAGGUUACGAAUGUUAGAGUGGUUAACGAGGAUGCUGAUGGAACCUCUGCAGCCGCUGCCGCAGCCGCUGGUCAGGGUGUGAUCCCCGUGGGUGCGGAAGGGAGAGCGGUCGGUGUAAAGAGGGAGAGGGAGCGUACGGAGGAAGAGAAAGAGCAGGAGGAGGCUAUCAAGGGAUUGUUCAAACGGCCGAGGAAGUGGGGCGUGGGAAGCAAGGUGGCGAAGAUUGAGGAGGAUAAGGAGUUGGAGGAGUUAUUGAGUGGAGGGAUUCCGUUGAAGAAGGAGGAGAAGGUUAAGACUGAGGAGGACAACAUCAAAAAGGAGGAUGACAUUGAAAAUGGUGGGGAGGAAAUUGUCAAGGAGAACGAAGAGGGUGAUGGGGACGGAGGUGUGAAGAAGGAAGAGGAUGCGGACGAGAGCAGUGCCAUUCCCAAGAUUCCGGCUAUCAAGAGCGAGCCCAGCGAAGGAGUGUCGGGGAUUGCUGAUGAGGUUGUGCCUCCUCUGCCUGCUACGGGCGAGUCUGAUGCUGUGGCUGCGGCCGCGGACGCGGUUCCGGCUGUGGUGUUCAAGAAGCGGAAAUCGAAGAAUGUGCGGCAGAAGUAG